AUGAAACCAAUAACAUUAUGCAAUACAAGUAAUUUUAACGACGGUCACAACUCGUCUUGGUGUACCAAUAUGGAAUUUAGAGAUCAUAAAAUUGUACCCUUACUCGCACGAUCAACAUCUAAUUAUGCAUUAGAUGUUCCAAAUACAAUAAAUUCAUCAAAAUUUCCUAAUUUAGUGACGGAAUAUAAACGCAAUGCUCCAGAAACUGCUUUAAAUAUGCGAUGUACGCCAAAUGAAUGGUUUCAGAAACAAAUAGAAUAUUAUAAUGAAGCAAAUUCGUGUAGAUAUCUUUCAGAAAAAGUAAGAAACGAAGCUUUACGAAUUAUCAGAGAUGCUGAAGAAAAAGUGCAAUCUGGGCAACAUAAUACUAGUAGAAGACUUGGUGAAAGAAUAAAUGAUGUUAGUUUUUGGCGAAAUGAACUAAUAUCAGAAUUAGAAAGAUUACUUCAAGAAAUUGAAAGAUUACAAGAUUGUUAUUCUGUUUUAAGUAAAGCUAUUAAAGAUAUUGAAAAUCCAUUACAUAUUGCAGAAGAAUGUCUUUAUCAUAGAGAAGCUAGGAAAGAUACAGAACGUGUGCAUGAUGAAUCAGAGAAAUGCUUAUUUAAGGAAAUAGAAAUCUUAAAUCAAAAUAGAAAAAAAUUGGAGAUUUGUUUGGAUAAAUGCAAGAAUCAGCUACGAGAUUGUAGGAUCUCUCAAUGUCAUUUAGAAUUGGAUCUAAAGAAUAAAGAAAGUGCAUUAGAAAUAGAUAGGAUGUGUCAUCAAUUGAAUAAUUACAGCCAUGGAUUGCAAUAUUAUACUGAAACUCAAAAAUAUGAUACAUGGUAUAUCUGUAUAGGACAAGAUACAUGGAUACAGGCUGUUAAUCAGAUAGUUAAAGAAUCACAAACAGAGAGAAGUAAAUCUUAUCAAUUAAGAACAAAUGCAGAAGCUCUAAUGAUUAAAAUUACUCAAGAGAUAUGGGAUGCAUGGAAUAAUACAAACAAUGCUUUAGCACAUAGAUCUUCUGAAUUACUUGAAGCUAAAAAUAAACUUCAACAACAUUUACAGAUGGUACAACAAGAAAUUUUUGACGUCGAAAAAAAUUUGGGACUAAUGUAUAAAGCUAUUACAGAUAAGAGUUACAUAUUGAAAGUAGCAUAUACCAGAUUGGAAGCUAGAAUGUAUCGCCCAGAUAUAGAGCUUUGUCGUGAUUAUGUACAUACAAGUCUUCAAAAAGAAAUUAAUGAAACAAAUCAUGAAAUAAAAAGAAUGCACAGAACAUUGGAAGAAUUAGAGAAUCAGCAUCAGAAAUUAUUAAAAACUCGGACAAUGCUAGAGCACGAUCUUGUACUGAAGGUUGAUGCAAUACAUAUUGAUCGUGAUAAAAUCGCUGGACUUAGACGUGCUUACCCAAUUAAUAUUCUUUUUAAAUUUUAAUUGUUACCAAUAAAUACUUAUUAUUAUACAUCAUCAAAUUGUUUUUCCUAAAAUAUUUGGACAGUGUAAUAUAUUCAACAAUAUAUUAAGUAUUGAACAUAUAUUUGUUUUUCUUUACAAUUUACUAUUACAUUUGUUACUUAACAUAAAUUAUUGUUUUUUCAUGAAAUUUGGUAUAGGAAAUGUUAUUCCUUCUUUGGCUUCAAAAAAUGUAUAAGAAAGUACAAUUUCUUCUACAUUUUGCAAUUUGGGAUCAUUGAUAAACUCUGGAUCAAUAUAAAAAAAUACUGGCAUGUCAACCUCUUCAUGAGGAUUAAGUCGUUGUUCCUCAAAACAAAAACACUGAAUUUUAUUAAAAUAUUCUGCAGCUUCAUAUGGUACUACAUUAUAAGUAGAUAUACCAGUAACUGGCACAUUUAAUGGAUUUUUUGCUGUAUAAAAUGCUAAAGCAGUUUCUCCAGGGAUAACACGUACAAAAUUUUGUUGUGGUUUGAAGUUCCAUCGCAUUGUAGCUCCUAUAUCAGCAUUAAACUUUACUUUUAUCACUUUAUUCUUAACAGGUUUCAUAGAUUGCACUUUACUACUAUCAUGAUUGACUGAUAUUGUCCCACCAUAAUUGUACGACUAUUAAAAAUACUCUAUAUAAAGGUACUGAAGCAUAAGUACAACCAAUGACUAAAAUACCAAGUCCACUCCAAUAUAAACGCGAUGAACGCAUUCUUCUUUUAUGAGCCGCAUCGUAAUAUUGGUUCAAUAAAACUCGAGACACAUUGGUGUGUAUUUGCCUUCCGUAGCAACUUAAUAUUUUUUGAUAGAUUUUUACGUGCAUUUUGCCUUUUUUUCAUGUAACCUAGUUUGCACAAGUUCUCCAAAAUCUAUUACAAAACUAAUUUAUUAAACUCGUCAUAUGUAACUUGGUAAAAAGAAAUUAAGUUACUAAUACAUUCCAGUAAUCCUUAUAAAAAAUUUACUUCAAUUUAUUAUAUCUAUUUCAAUAUUUAUUUUUAUUUAUCAUAUCUAUUUGUAGGUUAGGUUUAGACAUUGAUUAACUAAUAGAUAGACCUGACAAUACGUUGUUUGUAAUGUCACCUGAUCCUUUUACCAUUUUUGUAUCACAUUUCAUAAGUAUUGUACUUUGGCAUUCAGCAACAAAAAUUUAAAAAAUACAUGAAUGAAAUUAGUGAUUCCGCACCGAAAAUUAUUUACUAAAUUGAAUGUAAUAAGUAAUGACAUUUUUAUCAUGGGCAUAUUUACAUAUUCUGUGCAUACUAUUCAUUGAGAUGAGCAUUAUUCUUCAAGCAAUUUUUGCAAUGUAAUUAAAAAAUGUUUCAAAUAAAAGUUAAUUAAGUUUGCAUUAGCUGCGUGCUAGCAAGAAUCAGAAUUGUCAAAAAAUGUUUCUUUUUAACAAAAAAGUCAAAAUCACCUUAAUGUUUUUAAAUAUAUUUUUGAUUUUAUAACGUUUUAACUGAUGUCAAGACGAGUUCGAUAUGACACCAUAAUCUUUAAUACGCCACAAUGCCAUAACCUUUAAAUGAUUUUGAUACAUAGAAACAUUAACACGUGUAAUUGAGUUUAUUUAUUGUUAUAUUAUAUUAGAUUUAUUUAUUUAUUAUUAAAAAGAUACUGAAUCUAUAAUUUCAAAUAUAAUAAUUUAAAAUGUAAAUAAAAGAAUAAAAAAAUUACUAGAAGUAUUUUUAGUUUAUUGAAACAGAUCAAUUGUGCUAAAAAUAGUGCUUUGUGAUAAGUAUUAUUACAAAUAGUGAUGUUAUCUAUGUAAUUUUUGUACUAAUAUAUAACGAUAAAUAUUUAACAGAAUCUUCAAUUAAAAUAACUGAAAUGAGUGUCAAAAAUACAGAACAAUUUCCAAAAAGAAAGAAAGUUUUAAACAAAUAUUUUAAAUACACAUUAAAAUAUAAUUUUUUAAAAUUUACUGCGCUUGUUAUUUUGCUUGCCAUAACAAUAAUAUAUAUACAACAAAACAAAUGUAUUUCUAUCGAAGAAUAUGAGAUAAAUGUGAUAUCUAUGAAUGAUAAUGAAUCUGCGAUAUUAAUUAAAAAAGAAAAUUUUCAAUAUGAUAUAGUAUUUAAUGAUACAGUAUCUAGAUUUCAUAAAAUAAUGCAGGAGGAAUGUAACAAUGUUCUUACUACAUUACGCUUUGAUUGUCAUCCUGAAGACGGAGCAUCUGAAUUAUCUUGUAAAAAUAGAGGUUGUUGCUGGAAUUCUUUUAACAAAAAUAUCUCGGCUAGAAAUCAUAAUCCUUUGAAUAUUCCAUAUUGUUAUUAUCCAAGCAAUUGGAGUAUAUACAAGUAUACAAAUUUUAGUAGAGAAGGAAACAAUUUUUCUGGAUUUCUCAAACGAAUAAAAAACUCAUUUUAUGAAAAUGAUUUGCCACUCAUUAAGAUAGAAGCUAGCCCUGUGGAUGAUUCUAUUUUACGUAUAAAAAUAUAUGAUCCACUGAAGAAACGAUAUGAACCCCCAUGGCCUCUUAGAACAGAUUUUAAACCAUUUUCUCAAAAAGAUAUAAAUGCUAAAUAUAAAUUGGACAUUGAUUGUACCAAACUUGGUUUUAAAGUAUACAGAACUUUAGAUGAUACAGUGAUAUUUGAUUCCAGUAAUGCAGGAGGUUUCAUAUUUGCUGAUCAAUUUUUACAAAUAAGUACUCUUUUACCAAGUCAUAAUAUUUAUGGUAUUGGUGAACACAGAACAAAGCUAAAAUUAAAUAUUAAUUGGCAAUUGUUUACGUUAUUUAACAAAGAUCAACCACCAACAGAAAAUAUGUUAUAUUACAACCAACACCUGCUAUUACCUUUCGAACUAUUGGUGGUAUUUUUGAUAUGUAUUUUUUUUUGGGUCCAACCCCUGCAGAUGUUAUAAAACAAUAUUCUGAGAUAGUAGGCAAACCAUUUCUCCCUCCAUAUUGGUCUCUUGGUUUUCAUUUAUGCAGGACACUCAAUGGAAUGAUUUAGAUUACAUGGAUAAAAAUAAUGAUUUUACAUAUAAUUUGAACAAAUUUAAGGAUUUACCACAAUUUGUGAAUGAAAUACAUUCGAGAGGAAUGCAUUAUAUUCCUUUAAUUGAUGCUGGAAUAUCUGGUUCUGAAGAAAAUGGGACUUAUUUGCCGUAUGAUGAAGGAGUAAAGAAAGAUAUAUUUAUAAAAGAUGCAGCAACUAAUGAGCCAUUUGUUGGCAAAGUUUGGAAUUUAGUUUCUACUGUGUGGCCCGAUUUUACGAAUCCCAAAACACAAAAUUAUUAUCUCCAAAUGAUGAGCAAUAUGUAUAACAAUUUUACAUACGACGGUGCUUGGAUUGAUAUGAACGAGCCAUCUAAUUUUUAUGAUGGAUAUAAAAAUGGAUGUCCAAAAAAUAAAUUGGAUUAUCCGAAAUACGUACCUAAUGUUAUUGGUAAUAUACUCGCGAAGAAAACAUUAUGCAUGAACGCUAAACAUUAUUUAGGCGUUCAUUACGAUCUUCAUAAUACUUAUGGCACAAGUCAAGCGAUAGUAACAAAUUAUGCACUGACCAAUAUUCGUCAAAAAAGACCAUUUAUAAUAUCACGUUCAACCUGGGUGGGUCAUGGACACUAUGCUGGUCAUUGGACAGGAGAUGUUUAUUCCUCAUGGCAUGAUUUAAAAAUGAGUAUCCCAGCAAUUUUGUUGAUGAAUUUUUAUCAAAUACCUAUGAUUGGUGCUGAUAUUUGUGGAUUCGAUGGAAAUACAACAACGACAUUAUGUAAUCGUUGGAUGCAACUCGGUGCAUUUUAUCCUUUCUCUCGUAAUCAUAAUUCCGACGAUACAAUCGAACAAGAUCCAGUCGCUAUGGGUGAUUUAGUAAUAAAGUCAUCAAAGCGUGCCCUUACGAUACGUUACUGGUUGUUACCCUAUUUAUAUACAUUAUUUUUUCGGGCACAUAAAUUUGGAGAAACUGUAGCGCGACCAUUGUUCUUUGAAACAAAACUAAAGUAUCAGCUUAUUUACCACGUGGAUUAUGGUAUAAUUUUUAUACGAAAGAAUCUGUUUUCGCAUUGGGUAAAUAUUACACUAUGAAUGCGCCACUCGAUACUAUACCAUUAAUGAUUCGCGGAGGAUCUAUUUUGCCAGCACAGAAACCAGCUAAUACUACAACAAACAGUAGAAAAAAUAAUUUCGAAUUGUUGAUUACAUUAGAUCAUGUGAACGAAGCAAAAGGAGAAUUAUAUUGGGACGAUGGCGAUAGUUUAGAUUCAUUCGAAAAAAAACAGUUUGUAUGGUCAGUUUUUGUCAUCAGGAAUAAUACUUUAUCCACUGCAAAAGCAGCAGAAAGUUCCUUUCAUGAAAAAAUUAUCUUGGAUAGAAUACAAAUAUGGGGAAUAAUAUCUAAUAUCUCACGAGUAUCUUUAAAUAAUCAUGAAAUACAAUUUAAAUAUAACAUCAAAGAAAAUUGUUUGAACAUAAACAAUUUACAAAUAGAUUUAAAAGAAAACUUCUUGCUUUCUUGGGAAUAUACUCGCUUUGAACAAGACAAUAACAAAUGAUAAUUUUGUUCAAGAUAUAUAUAUUGUAUUAUGCAUAAAAUUAUUGCUGUUCGUACAAGUAUGUUAUAUAAAAUAUGUAUAAAAUAUAUAUACGAUGGAUUUUAGUAUUAUUGUUAUUAUAAAUACUCUAUUUGUAUAUUUCUACAUAUUAAAGCAAAUAUUGUUUGAAUAAAAGAGAAAAGCAUUUUAUUGAAAUAACCAUACAAUUGAUUAUACAAUAAAGUAAAUACAUUAUACAAAUAAUAUAACAUUUAUGGCACUAUAACGGGAAACGAUAAGUAUACAUAAAUCGAAUAACUCUUAAGCAUCCAACUCAAAAAGAUACUUAAAGCUACAAAAGAUACUUUAAGCUAUAAUUGCUCGAACGUAAAUUUUUAAAUGUGUAGCUUGUUCAUUAUUGGUAAUAAUGAAAAAGAUAAUAGCACAAGUAAUCGAUCAUCACACAAUAUUGGUAGGUAAUAUUGAAUGAAAAUUGUUACUUUGGCACCGUGUAAUGUAUAUAAAAUAAAACAAUUCGAAGCAGCACCAUCGUUUGGAACAUUGAAAUCUUUACUUGAAUUCUAUAUGUGUAUUUACAAUUAUGCAAGCACUCCUUUGACCUCGAUCUAUAUUCCGUGUUCUCUAUGACCUUUAUUUGCAUUUCUACAACAGAAAAGUAGAUUCUGAUCUUUGGAAUAAAUUUCAAAGUGACUAAUUCAGACUGUAGUCGUCUUUGUCAAUAUACAUAGUAGGUACAGCUUACAAUCUAGUGUAUUUAACAUAUGAUUGCUUGAAUUUUUAUGACAUAUAUGUAUACAUAUGUCGAACAAACAAUGUGUAUGAUUUAUCGAAAUUUUUUAAUACCCAAACGCCAUCUGUCAGAAAAUAAUUAGUACAUUAUUUAUAUUAUUUUUUAUUUUUAUCAGAUUAUUUUGUUGUACAAAAUGAUCUAUAAAAAUGUUUGAUUCGAUCGAGUCUUAUAAAACAAAUAACUACGAAAUUAACACGAUAUAAUAAAAAAGUGUUUUUUUAAAAUAUUUGCAUAGUAUAAUGUUUUUAACAAAUUGAUAAUUAUUACUCAUAAUCAUUAACGCGCUAAGAAUAUACAUACUAUUUCUAUUACACACUAAUAAAACAGAAUAACAUAUAUAUGUGCAUGCGCGCGCGCGCGCGCGUGUAU